UGUCAACGUGGCAGGAUAUUUGGAAAAAUAAUACGAAAAACUAGUCGCCGCUUGCUGUCGUGUCUGGAAUAUUCAAAGACAUAACGGUCAUGGCAGCUCGAGCUCCUGAUAAUACCUCUCAGAAAAAGCCGGUGCUCACGUCUACCGUGCUUCCGACCCGACCGCUUCCUCCAAAUGAGACACUUCAAUCUACACCUGACAGAUCGAUCCUACCCCAAGCACAAAUACCACUCAAUGCAGCCGAUGAAUGGUUUCAAUUUCGCAACAACAAUGUCUCCGCUUCUCUUGGAAACACAUUCCUUGAUGUUGAUCCUCCCUUCCUAAUUGGAAGCUUACCUGCUCGCGAUAGACCGCAUGAUAUAAGAAGCACCGCUGCCGAGAUUCCAGAAAUGGAGUACAAUGAAAUGGGACCCCCCUAUCACGGGCCCCCGCAGUCGGACAGCAAUGCAGAGGCCUAUCGAGAUGUCAUUGACGACCUUACCGUUGAGAACCAACAUCUCAAACGAAGACUGAAGAAAUAUCGAAGGCAACAGUCGACCAAUGUUCAUGGUGAGAAGUUAUUUGAGCUUCGCAUCCACGGACUACCCGCAAACCGCAGAAGGGAGUUAGAAGAGGUGCUUCAAACAUUCGCUGCAACUGUUGGUGGAUCGUCAAAUGUCGACAUUACAUCAACUACGCGAUCAUCGGGCCAAACAUCUUCAGGUUCUGCGAGCGCUAGCGAGCACUAUCAUCGUGUCCCAGCUUCUGCGCCCGGAACCGUCGACUCUGCUUACGUUUCUAACUCAAAAUCCGGUCUUCUAUCUGUACCCUCUUUCAAUUCGCAACGGAGCCUGGGCACUGAUGGAACGUAUACCGCCCCUCGACCUGCUCGCCAUCAGUCAAUGCCAGAAAAAGUCAAGAAGAGACUAGUCGUGGCUCGCCUCGAACAGCUCUUCACCGGAACAUCAUUGUUUCCCGGAGCAAUUGGCCCUACUCAAUGGCAGCCUCCGAAACCCAAUGACUCACCCGAAUUUGGUCUAGAUACGACGAUGGGUUUGUCGCAAGGGUCUCGAGAGGCGCCAAUUCUCCCCCGCGAGGUUGAACUUUCAGAGGAUCCGCUCAAGUCCGGCGCUGUGGAUGGCUCGAGUGCAGUUUCCGCUCCACGGAAUAUACUGCGCUCUCCAUUAAAGUCUGCGAGCAUCGAUUCGGGUUUGUCCAUGCCUGAGCAGAGGCCGACAGGUCCCAUGGAUAUUGACCUUCAACGUGCUCAAAUUCCGGCUGACAAUUUCUACUAUAUUCGCCACCUCGGUCUUUCUAAAUCGGACUCGGACUCCCGGCUUUCAUUUUCCAAGCCCCAGGGCUGGAUCUAUCUAAACGUUCUCACGAACAUGGCACAACUACACACACUCAACGUAACUCCUGAUUUUGUCAAGGACGCAGUUGCAUUUUACAGCGACAAGUUUCAGCUGUCACAGGAUGGCCAGAAAGUUCGGUGGAUUGGCAGUAGUGAUUCGACGGUAGCCAACGCGGAGGGGAGCUCGUCAGAAGAAACCGACAAAAAUUUCUCUCACUGGGACAAGCGACGAAAGUUGGAUGGCUCGAAAGGUACUAGCAGUGUGCCAUCAAGAUCAUCCAUGUCGGAUUCCAAAUCUCGAUCGCGAAGGGCUGAAACGUCGACUGGUAGCGAGAGUCAGUCCAAGUCCAACUACCUGGCGUACACUACUUUAUUCUCCCACGACAGAGAAUCUAGCCGGGAGUCAUCGGACGAAAAUAUGUCCGACAUUGCACAUUGGCAUCAUUCACAAGCGUUGCCCAACGAUCAUCGACGAUACGCUGCAGACGAUCGGAAAGAUCUGUCUUCAUCACACCUUCGAGAGAGUGCAGACGGACCCAUUGUCUUCUAUAAUGGCGCGAAAUUCUUCACUGACCUUGGUGGCGAUCCCUUCAAUAGUCAUCACUCAUGUCAUGACCCACCUGCCUAUCAUCGAAUGACGUCAGAUGUGGUCGGGCGGGCCUCACCAACUAAGACUGCCCAAUCGGGUAAUGGCAGCCGUUCUUCGAACGGAACGGAGCCUACGGCCACUGACUUUGAGGUCUCUGGACUGGGCGGUGUGCAGCCAGAGGACAAUUUUCUUGUCAAAGUCUCGAAUCGGCAAAAGAUUUCUCCGCCUGCAUCACAGACACCAUCCACACGUGAAGUCUCGCCUUUCUCGGUGCCCAAGUCCCGCGUUAAGAAGAUUAUCCACAGCAUCCCGCAAGCAGCGAUUAGUGCGUUUGCCGACAGUAACGUCGUAUCUCCUGCGAAUACUUCAUCCUCCUCUCCAUCACCUCCUGUCUCUGGCGCUGGCGCAAGUGGCACUUCCUCGGAUACAACUUCUUCCCACGCGGAAAACGUGCACCGCUUGCGACAACGAAUCGCCGCGUCCAGGGACCCCUCUGUCGGAGCAGCGACACCUCGAAUCACCCUCGAACCAAUUUCCCGCAGGCACGUCGCGAUGCCACCAUCCUCAUUACCACCGGCAUCUUGCGUCUUCUUCCCGUUCUCCUCUGAUGACUCUGGAAAUUCGUCCAUGGAGGAUGAGCAAUCAGGGACCGAGGCGCUCUCAAUAAAUAACGAACAAGAUCAUCAUAACGCGCCCUUGCUCGCUCCGGUACCCCUUUCAAUCCAUUACUCAGGCGAAAGCGGUUCGGCUCCCGCGUCGCUCUCUCGCGAGAACUCGGGGGAGACAUCAGGAACUCUUGGAGAAUCCGGAAAUGUGGGCCGACCAGAGAACAAGUCUACCUCCUCAGGUCAGUUCGAUGCUCGUACCUCGGAUUCAAUGCGCAGGCUUCCAGGUUACGUUGCCGCUGGACGGCGCACCGUGGGUAAAAUGCCCACUCCGCUUCGAGUCCAGCGCUCCUCAUCAGAUGACCAGGAGGAAGAGGAGAAUCAUGAUGUCGUCGCAUCCGAUGAAACCGAGAAUGGUGGUUAAAAUUCUCAACUCUCUGCUUAUCUCAUUUGUAUUUUGGGGGGGGAUAGAAUUUUACUUGUUUUGAGCU